UAUACUAGAACAAUAUAUUAGAAUGAAUAUACAAUAGUUUUUGCUUGGCUGUUUUCAACAAAACUUGCUUCAUCUUUUCUCUCGAACAAGACAUCCUACUUUACCUAAAACUAGUCAGGUCGAUCUCAAGUCUCAACCUCUGGCUCAGUUGGGUUUGAAACCUCCAUUCUAACCUACCUUCCAACCUCAAGUGGAAAAUGUCUAUUGUCGCUGUGCAAAGAUAGCUAUGUUCAACUUUACUUCGGUGAAAAAAUGUAGAACUAUAUAAUUAUAUAAUACAUGUGCUAUUAAAUUACAGUGGAUGAGGCUACCAAGUGUAGAUGUUAUAAGGGUCCUCAAAGAAUUAGUUGUUAAGCCUAAUGGCCAACCAAAAUCCUAAAAGAUUUCUACAAUCAUUCUUUGAUUUCACAGAGAGAGAGUCUUCCCCUAACUCAGGCUCUCUCAAGAUCAAGAGCCUCUUCAAGGGUUGCGUCUUUCGGUAUGCCAGUCAUCUGAUACAUGCCCUUUCUAAGAAGAAGUGGAGGCGGCAAAGGAAGGGGCAACAGUUCGAGUUGCUAAAUCUGCAACUGAACUGGUCACCCCCACAUGUCAUCAGUCCCAUCCCCGAGCUUCCUGUCUUUGAGAUGUCGCUUGCAGGACACCUCGAAUGGGUUGAGGACGAUUUGGAGGCUCUAGGGGAGGAGGAUGGAGAGAAUGAGAUCGACCAGCUUGCAGAGAAGUUUAUCGCUAGCUGCCAUGAGAAGUUUAGGCUGGAGAAGGAGGAGUCUUAUAGGAGGUACCAAGAGAUGCUGGAAAGAAGCACAUGAGGAAGUUAAAUAUUGUUCUUGUUAUGUUCCUGUUCAUAGCUAAGGUUCAAAUGGAGAUAAGAUGCUUGGGUUGCAAGACCAAUUGUAGAGGUGAAUAAUGUCAUCUCUGCAGGUAUUAUUGCCUCAUCUUUGCUCAAAAAAUGAAUACCGAAUUUUAUGCAAGACUAUACAAUUAGGUCAACAUA